AUGGCAGCGCCAGGUGAAAAGUUCUUCAUCCAAGACGCUCUCAAGACUCCCGCCGUCCAUCACGAGAGCUUUGAGCAAUUGUGGAAGACGAAAUGGCAGCAGCCGUGCAAGAUGGGCGUCUAUCCCUUCAUGUUCAGCGCCGAGUCGGACUUCGCCCCAAUUGUCGAGCGUCUGAUAAAGGUAUAGAGACCCUGAUCAUAGCUCAACAUGGGAUGCUGAGAGUGCAGUAGGAAGGCCAGAAGGAGCCAUACGAUUGGGACCGGUACGCCGAGGCCUUCUUCCCCAAGGCAGAGGAGCUUGUUCGUGAAGCCGAAAAGGCCGAACAAGAGGGCAACCAGGAGAAGGCUUCCGAGUUAUACAUGUGCGUCUCUCUGAUGCCAGAUUUGCGUUCCAUCUGACAAUGAGCAGGCGAGCAUCAGCAGUCUACCGCAUCUCUCGCUUUCCUGCGCCACGUUCCGAGAAGCAGAGAUAUGCUUGGCAAGAAGGCAAGAAAGCGGCCAAGAAAGGUCUCGCUAUGCGCGAGCGACCAACCAAAGAAGUCAUCAUCCCCCACAAAUACGGUAAUCAGGAUGAUGGAAAGGAAAUUCCAUUCUACUACCAUCUACCGCCUGGAACAUCAAAGGAAAAUCCGGUCCCUCUCGUUAUCAUCCUCACGGGUCUCGACGGCUACAGGACGGAGCUGGCGGUCUGGAUCGAAGGCUGGUCGCAGAAGAAUGUAGCCGUCAUGGUUUUGGAGAUUCCCGGCACGGGUGACUCUCCUGCCGCACCAAAUGAUCCAAAGUCCCCAGAUAGGGCAUUUGAUUCUCUGUUCGAGUGGAUUGGACAGCAAAAGGAAAUCGACCAGUCCCGAAAAGCCAUGUGGGCGUUUAGUACCGGCGGAUACUACGCCAUCCGCGUUGCACACACGCAUCCAAACAUGCUCUCUGGUGUUGUGGCUCUCGGUGGAGGCUGUCAUUACAUGUUCCACCCAGAAUGGCUUUCACAUGUCAAUCACUUAGAGUACCCAUUUGAUCUAGCGACAACAUUGGCAUACAAAUUCGGGUACGGAAACGACCUUGAAACUUUCAAAAAAGAAGCGAUGAAGUUUUCUCUGCUCGAAGACGGGACUCUGGACAAGCCGCAAUGCGCCAAGCUCCUCCUGGUAAAUGGAGUCAAUGAUGAGAUUUUCCCGAUCGACGAUUACUACCUGUGCCUGCUGCACGGUGCGCCGAAAGAGGCGAGGUUUGUGGAAGACAGAAAACACAUGGGCGAGCCGGAAUCAUUCUUCAUCAUCAUUCGGUGGAUCUACGAUCUCUUCGGUUUGCAAGGUCAUCCAGGGGAGCAGAUGAAGACGAUUCCUUCGAAGCCGAAAUAUGUCGAGGGAUAA